CUUUUACCUUCAUUUGGUACCCUCAUUUCCUUCUAUUCGUCCUCGUUUUCCGUGCUGGUUCUCGGUGUACCAAGGCGAGAAUAUACGCGGUAUUACUGACACCAAAUUCGACCUCGAACCCUAGCAAAUCGCCGUACAGAGGCGACCAUAUGUCUUUUCUCAGACGUUCUAAUCAGCGAGAAACCGAAUACGACGAAGAAAAUGACGACACUAUUGACCCAGAACUUCGCCUUCGAACCGUCCGUACUGCAGCGUCGGCAAUAGCAGAGUCGAUACGGUCCGAACAGAGAGCUGAGAAGAGGAGGAAGAGGAAACGGUCCAGGUUCUUUCGAAAGAGUGCUGAGAAGAAAAAACCUGAGCCGACACCUGUCGAUGCGGCGCCUUCGACAGAGGUACCCGGUGAGCGGAGGAAUGUCUACGUAAAUCAUCCUCUGGGAGUGCUAGAAGUCGAUGUUCACGGGGAACCCAUUGCUCGCUAUGAGAGAAACAAGGUCCGGACUACCAAAUAUACCAUUCUAACUUUUAUUCCCAAGAAUCUAUAUGAGCAAUUUAGGCGGGUGGCAAACUUAUUUUUCCUUACCCUCGUCGUGCUUCAACUUUUCUCCGUAUUCGACGCAGCAUCGGGCGCCAUCUCAGUCCUACCGCUUGCUUUCAUUCUCACAGUAACCGCCAUCAAAGAUGCUGUAGAAGAUUAUCGCCGUGCGACUCUUGACGAAGAGGUUAACACGUCGGCGGCAACAAAAUUAGGCUCUUGGCGUAAUGUCAACCAACCGACAGACCCCCGGCCCUGGUUUGAAAAGAUGUUGGGCAUCAAUCCACCGGGCAAAGUUACUAAAGGCGUACGCAAACUUCGCGACCGAGAGGCUAAUGAGGCAGGCCACGGCGUACGCGUCAUGCUCAGCAAAACUAGUGACACCUCCACCGUGCUUUCACAUGAUGAUCCGUCCACCACGAGUUUUGAUCUUGAUCACGUACGCACAGGUGCUGGUCGGCAGUUAGACGAUAUCCAGAGCAUUGAUUCCCAUAGUUACCCUCCUCCAGACGCAUCAUCGUUUUCUGAUACAUCAACCCAACGCAAUUCCACCACGGAUUUCCGGCAAUUCAAACAGAAUGACGGUUCCCAGUCUACUCUUGGUGUAAUUGACUGGAAACGGCGAACUGGAGGCUCUGCGCGCUGGGAGAGAACACUAUGGAAGAAGCUGGAAGUCGGGGACAUUGUCCUUUUACGGGACAACGACCAGGUUCCUGCCGAUAUCGUCGUUCUCUCGACGUCGGAUCCCGAUGGAAUGUGCUAUUUGGAGACAAAGAACUUGGACGGCGAGACUAAUCUAAAGCCUCGGAAAUCCAUCAAAGCUACUUCUUCCAUAUCCUCCGAGGACGAUAUCGAACGUUCAUCGUUUUAUCUUGACUCCGAGCCACCCCACCAGAAUCUUUAUCUCUAUCAUGGCGUUCUUCGCUACAAAGAUACCGUCACGGGCGAGAAGAAGCAAGAACCGGUUACGAUCAAUGAAAUGCUUCUUCGUGGAUGCGCCAUCCGCAAUACCACUUGGAUUAUCGGAUUAGUUGUUUUUACUGGCGCGGACACCAAGAUCAUGUUGAAUGGAGGUGCUACCCCAUCGAAACGUUCUAAAAUAGAGAGGGAGACGAAUUUCAACGUUAUCGUCAACUUCGGUGUUCUGGUUUUUAUGUGUACCAUUGCGGCUAUCUUCAAUGGCAUACAGGAUGCGCAGACAGGCACUAGUGCCGAGUUCUUUGAGGCUGAUUCGGACGCGACGGAUUCGUCAGUCGUGAAUGCCAUAAUAACCUUCGUGUCAUGUCUCAUUGCUUUCCAAAACAUUGUACCAAUAUCACUGUACAUUUCUAUCGAAAUCGUCAAAACGAUACAGGCCUACUUCAUUUCCCAGGACGUGGAUAUGUACUACCAACCUUAUGACACGCCUUGCACCGGUACGCUCACGCAAAACAUCAUGGAGUUUCAGAAGUGCUCAGUUCAUGGCGUCACGUAUGGGGAGGGCGUGACGGAGGCGCAACGCGGUGCUGCUACCCGAGAGGGCAAUGCGGACUCUCUUGACCCCGGCGGCUUAGCGGAAAAACUCGCAGCGCUCAAGCAGCAGAUGUUGAGUGUUAUGGAACGGACCUUCAAGAACCGAUACCUCCAGCCGGAAAAGCUGACAUUGGUGUCACCCAAACUUGCACAGGAUUUGGCGGACCGUUCGUCUGAGCAGCGGGGUCACCUUAUUGCCUUCUUCCGAGCGCUGGCUUUGUGCCACACAGUCCUCUCAGACAAACCCGAACCUCAGGAGUUACCGUAUCACUUGGAAUACAAGGCUGAAUCUCCAGACGAGGCCGCUUUGGUGGCUGCCGCUCGAGAUGUUGGGUUCCCCUUUGUCAAGAAAUCGAAGGAUACUUUUGACAUAGAAGUCAUAGGCCAGUCGGAGAAGUACACGCUUUUGAAGGUACUCGAGUUCAACAGCACCAGGAAACGCAUGAGCGCGGUUUUCCGGUGUCCGGAUGGGCGGUUGAUCCUUUACUGCAAAGGGGCGGAUAGUGUCAUUUACGCACGCCUUGCAAAAGACAUCGAUCCUGUCUUGAAGGAACAGACGAGCAAGGACAUGGAGAUGUUUGCCAAUAAUGGACUCCGAACGCUGUGUAUUGCAUACCGCUGGCUCACCGAGGAAGAGUAUUUGACGUGGUCUAGAACAUACGACGCUGCCACCAACGCUAUUGAAAACAGGGACGAGGAGAUUGAUAAGGCGAACGAGCUUAUCGAGCACUCGUUGGAAAUACUUGGGGCUACCGCACUCGAAGACAAGUUGCAAGAAGGUGUUCCAGAGGCCAUCGAGACCUUGCACCAAGCCGGGAUCAAGCUAUGGAUUUUGACAGGUGACAAACUCCAGACCGCCAUUGAAAUCGGUUACAGUUGCAACCUGCUCAAGAAUGACAUGGACCUGAUGAUUCUUUCUGCCGAUUCAUACGAGCAGGCUCGCUCGCAGAUAGAGGCCGGUCUCAAUAAGAUAGCAUCUGUCUUAGGUCCGCCAUCGUUUGAUCCUCGGAAGCGGGGUUUCUUCCCUGGUUCGAAGGCGUCGUUUGCUGUGGUGAUUGACGGAGACACCCUUCGACAUGCGUUAACUCCCGAGCUUAAGCCCUUGUUCCUUAACCUUGGUACACAGUGUGAAACUGUUGUUUGCUGUCGUGUUUCUCCUGCUCAAAAAGCGUUGACUGUGAAAUUGGUCAAGGAAGGACGCAAGGCCAUGACGCUGUCCAUCGGUGAUGGUGCUAAUGAUGUCGCUAUGAUUCAAGAGGCGAAUAUUGGUUGCGGACUGUUCGGUCUAGAGGGUUCACAGGCCGCCAUGUCUGCGGAUUAUGCUUUUGGGCAGUUCCGAUUUUUGACUAAGUUGUUGAUUGUCCAUGGCCGGUGGUCAUAUCAGCGCGUGGCAGACAUGCACAGCAACUUUUUUUACAAGAACGUCAUCUGGACCUUUGCUCUGUUUUGGUAUCUGCCCUUCAACAAUUUUUAUGGGACGUAUCUGUAUCAAUACACGUUUAUCUUGCUGUACAAUCUUGUAUUCACAUCACUUCCCGUUAUUAUCCUCGGAGCAUUCGACCAGGACAUCAACUCCAAGGCUGCGCUCGCUUUCCCGCAGCUCUAUGUUCGGGGAAUUCGCGGCUUGGAAUACACCCGGGGAAAAUUUUGGGUCUACAUGUUAGACGGCUUGUAUCAGUCUGCGGUUGUAUUCUUCAUGGCGUACUUGGUCUGGACGCUUGGUCUCUCCGUGUCGUGGAGCGGGAAAGACAUGAACUCUUUGGCCGACUUUGGAACAACAGUUGCGGUUUCCGCCAUUUUCUCCGCGAACACUUAUGUCGGAAUGAAUACUCACUACUGGACCAUCAUAACAUGGAUUGUCGUCUUCGGUUCUAGCAUUGUCAUGCUGCUAUGGAUCAUAGUAUAUUCUUUCUUUUUCAGUUCCGACUUCAUCGAUGAGAUGCAGAUCUUGUUCGGUGGUGUCCCUUUCUGGGCGACGGUUGUGUUUUCUACCGUUGUUUCCCUUGGUCCCCGCUUCGUGUGCAAAUUCUUUUCUUCAGCAUACCUACCUUUGGAUAAAGAAAUCGUCCGUGAAAUGUGGGUCAAAGGCGAUCUCAAGGAUCAACUUGGGAUCCGGCACCGGAAGGCUAAGAAUCGCAAUGGCGACACACUGGAAGCAGCACCUAUGUUCGGACACGGUCGUAGCCAGUCGGAGAUGUCCCUCAGCAACACUCCAUAUGAGCCCGCACUGACAUCAAGCCCUGGCCCUGGCAAUCAGCCUCGACGAACAGAUCUAGAUACACCACCACUCGACACCAAUCUCUUCACCCCCACACCGCCCAGCAGGAGAACAAGCAUUGCCACGACCCAUCGGGGCAAUCGUGCCUCUAGCCCGCCACCUUUAUCACCACCCGUCAUCAAUGUGCCUGCCACCCAUGGACGAUCAAUGCCGUACGAUGCUGGAGACGCCUAUGAGAUGGAUGUGCGGAAUCCACCGUCUGUAUCAAGCCACAGUCAUCACCAUGUCGACCGGUCGACAGCGAGUGAGGCGUCGUAUGCUACUGCAUAUGAUGACCUCCAUGCUUCGGAUGAGACUAUGGUUGGUAGUCCUCCCGCGUCUUCUGCCGGCCAUCUCGCACCUGGUCCGCGAUCAGGUGAAGGCGGGUAUUAUUCUGGGCAAUACCUACAGUCUCCUACGUUCCAGCAACAACAGGAGCAACCGUCUGAUCCGCAAUACGAUGACCGACGUGCUAGCACUGUAUCUUGGCAGGGCGGCCAAGCGCUAUAGUUUUUCUUGUAUUAUCUUUCUGCAAGGUACCUUCAGUAGGGUGUACUCCCUAUACGUACUUACAUUAUCUCUCAUCUUGUGUCUUUUCAACUCUUUCCCCCUCCCAUCGCAAUCCUUUCACAUGGAAUCUGGACUUUGUUAUAUACUCUAAUUACCUCUAACAAUGAUCAUGAUGCAACCACCUAUACCAUGUAGAAUAUUAUUAUUUCUCUAACUUCUGCUUUCAUUGCGUAAAAUUCAGCAAGCCUGACUACACAUGU